AUGGCCCAGCUCCGGAUUUUAGACUGCUUGAUCAAUCACAACUGGAGUUUGAUAUGUAACCUGUACUGUGCUUGGAGUGGUCAGGCUUCAAAAAAUAAAGAUGGAAAAGAGCGGAGUGAGGCUGUAUCACCAUCAGAAGAAGAAGAAGCUUUCUGUUGGCCUGGUCCAAAAACUGUCGUGUUAAGGAGGACAUCUCAGGGUUUUGGCUUCACCUUAAGACACUUCAUAGUUUACCCUCCAGAAUCUGCCGUUCAGUUUUCUUUUAAAGAUGAAGAGAAUGGAAAUAGAGGAGGAAAACAAAGAAAUAGACUGGAACCAAUGGAUACCAUAUUUGUUAAACAAGUUAAAGAGGGUGGACCUGCUUUUGAAGCUGGACUGUGCACAGGUGACAGAAUUAUAAAAGUCAAUGGAGAAAGUGUUAUUGGAAAGACAUAUUCUCAAGUCAUUGCUUUAAUACAGAACAGUGACAGCGUAUUGGAACUUAGUGUUAUGCCAAAAGAUGAGGACAUCCUUCAGUUGCUGCAGGUUGCAAAGGAUGUCACAGCACUGGCAUAUUCCCAAGAUGCCUACCUGAAAGGCAAUGAAGCUUACAGUGGUAAUGCCCACAACAUACCUGAACCACCACCAAUAUGUUAUCCACGCCUGACGUCCACAGCUUCUGUUAUGGCACAAGCUAGUGACAAGUUAUCUUCUGACUUCUCUUUGGGGAAACAGCAAGUCACCAGACCAGUACGGGCAUUGACACAGCCAGAGAGGGCCUACAGAAUGGAAAUACAAGUGCCUCCAUCACCAACAGACAUUGCAAAAUCAAAUACAGCUGUGUGUGUUUGCAAUGAAACUGUACGGACUGUUAUUGUGCCUUCUGAGAAGGCUGUAGAUCUGCCAUCUUGUAGAAAUAAUCAUGCUGGUCCAUCACACAGGACAGAGGAAGUGAGAUAUGGCUUAAAAGAUCAAACUACUCUAAAAGCAUGGACCACAUCACCAUCCUCCUCAGUAUCCACUUCCAUUGUACUUCCGCAGACUCCAAUAACAAGGCCAGUUGAUCCAACUGGAACAAUAAGUAAACCUUCAAAUUAUGUAGUAUGUUCAGAAGGAAUCCCAAGCACUAGACCUCCUGCUCAAGGCACUGACUCACCGUCUGUUUCUACUAAUCAUUAUAGUUCUCCAACUUCCCACCAACAUAUAGACUGGAAGACCUACAAAACCUACAAAGAGUACAUUGACAAUAGGCGCAUGCACAUGUAUGGUUCCCGAACAAUCCAGGAAAGGUUAGAUAGUUUACGAGCAGCCUCUCAGAAUACAACUGAUUAUAAUCAGGUGGUGCCAAAUCGCACUGCUUCCCAGGUACGGCGCAGAAGCACCUCUCAUGACAGGGUUCCUCAGUCUGUUCAGAUCCGGCAGCGGAGUGUAUCCCAGGAAAGACUUGAAGAUCCUGUGUUGAUGAAAGAGUGGCCACGAAGUGCUUCACAGGAUACAUUAACUUCACCUUCGAUUAAUGCUAGGAAUCACAGGGCUCAGUCAUGGGAUUACCUCAGCAAACAGGGUGAAACGCUGGAAAGUUUUCGUUCUGAGAAUUUGAUUGCAGAUACAAAUGGAGAUAGGAGAAAGACUUAUAAGUGGACAGGAUUUACUGAACAAGAUGACCGGCGAGGUAUUUAUGAGAGAUCUAGACAACAUGCAUUUCAUAUGUCCCUUCGAGGCCAAAAUUUUCCUAUGGCUCCGAGCGCUUAUAUUUCAGACAACAGGAGAGUAGGUAGUAGAGCUUCUCUCUCCACUUCUCAUUUUCAAAAAGUUCCACCAGAUAUAAAAAUGUUACAGCCUUCUCGAGAUUUGCAGUCUCCUGGGGGAGUUUCAAAGCCUUCAGCUCUUUCACAAGAGAGAACGUCUCUCACAACAGCUAGAAGUUUUAAAAGUAGCUCUUUGAAGAGCACUGCUUCCUAUGCAGCAAAACCAUCAUUUCCCCUUAACCAGAGCCUGGAUGUUCUUGCCAGCAAAGACCAAAGAACAGUAAAUCACUUGCAUCAAAGUAAUCUGUUAAAUCAACAGCCAAGGAUCCGAGCAGAAGGUUCCCCAGACCGCAAAACAGAAACUGGCAAAAGCAUCCAACCCCUCUCCUUGUCUGCAGCUUCUGCCAAACUUGUUCAGCAAACAAGUGAGAGUUCAGCUACCUCUGACAACGUAGAUACUUCCAUCAGACAAAAGAUCCACGAUUUUGAAAGGGAAGGUGUCCAAGAGCCUGAACUUCUGCAGCCGGGCAUUCAGGAAAAUGACAAAGACACAGUUGUUAUGCGGGAUAAAUCACCUUCUGGCCACCAAACUCCACAGCCUUUGAGACACCAGUCCUACAUUCUUGCUGUAAAUGACCAAGAGGCUGCUUCAGACACUACCUGUUGGCUACCUAAUGAUGCUCGGAGAGAAGUCCACAUAAAAAGAAUUGAAGAAAGGAAAGCAUCAGGUUCCAGCCCACCUGGCGAUUCCUUGGCUUCCAUUCCAUUUAUUGAUGAGCCGACUAGCCCUAGUCAAGCACCCGCUACAACAACCGUUCCUCCUAGUCCCGCAUCUCCAAUCCCUUUACUUCGGCGACAGCUUUCACACGAUCAUGAAUCCAUCAGGCCUAGUGUCCUGGAUAGCCAGCCUGCCACAAAAACUGAGAGAUCGAAGUCAUACGAUGAAGGAUUGGAUGACUAUAGAGAAGAGGCAAAAUCAUGCAUUAAGCAUGUAUCUAGCUUAAAGGGGAUCAAGGUCCCAGACAGUCAAAAAUCGUCAGAGGACUCUGGUUCCCGAAAAGAUUCUUCUUCAGAGGUCUUUGGUGAUGCCUCCAAGGAAGGAUGGCUUCAUUUUCGUCAGCUUGUCACAGACAAAGGAAAGCGAGUUGGUGGGAGCAUUCGGCCAUGGAAACAAUUGUAUGUUGUUCUUCGAGGUCAUUCGCUUUAUUUGUACAAGGAUAAAAAGGAACAAAUGACCCCAUCUGAAGAAGAACAACCUAUCAGCAUCAACGCUUGUUUGAUAGACAUCUCAUACUGUGAAACCAAGAGGAAAAAUGUGUUCAGACUCACCACAUCAGACUGCGAGUAUCUGUUUCAAGCUGAAGACAGAGAUAAUAUGUUAGCAUGGAUUAAAGCCAUACAAGACAACAGCAACUUAAAUGAUGAGGAUACUGGUGUCACUAGUAGAGAUCUAAUUAGUCGAAGGAUUAAAGAAUACAGUACCAUGAUGAGUUCUUCAAGCAGCAAAACAGAGCCAUCUCCCAAAACACCUCGUCAGAGUCUAAGUAUCAGACAGACUCUGCUUGGAACUAAAACAGAGCAGAGGACCCAGAGUCCGCAUUCUCCCAAGGAUGAAUCUGAAAGAAAGCUUCUCACUAAAGAUGAGACAAGCCCACCAAAAGACAAGGGAACGUGGAGAAAAGGCAUUCCAAGUAUCAUGAGGAAGACGUUUGAAAAGAAGCCAUCUGCUGUGGGAACGUUCGGUGUUAGACUUGAUGACUGUCCCCCAGCUCAUACCAACAAAUAUAUUCCACUGAUUGUUGAUAUAUGCUGCAAGCUGGUUGAAGAGAGAGGUCUUGAGUGCACAGGUAUUUACAGAGUUCCUGGAAAUAAUGCUGCCAUCUCAAGUAUGCAAGAAGAACUCAACAAAGGAAUGACUGACAUUGAUGUUCAUGAUGAUAAAUGGCGAGACUUGAAUGUAAUAAGCAGUUUGCUGAAAUCCUUCUUCAGAAAGCUCCCAGAACCCCUUUUUACCAAUGACAAAUAUGCAGAUUUCAUAGAUGCUAAUAGAAAGGAAGAUCCUGUUGAACGUCUCAAAACACUGAAGAGACUGAUUCAUGAUUUACCUGAACAUCAUUAUGAAACACUCAAGUUUCUUUCUGCACACCUGAAGACAGUAGCAGAGAAUUCAGAAAAGAACAAGAUGGAACCGAGAAACCUGGCAAUAGUAUUUGGUCCAACACUCGUGAGGACAUCUGAUGAUAACAUGACACACAUGGUUACACACAUGCCAGAUCAAUACAAAAUUGUAGAAACACUCAUUCAAAAACAUGACUGGUUUUUCACAGAAGAUGAUGCUGAAGAACCCCUUACAACAGUUCAGGAGGAAAACACUGUAGAAUCUCAGCCAGUGCCAAACAUAGAUCAUUUACUCACCAACAUUGGAAGGACGGGAGUAUCUCCUGGAGACGUAUCAGAUUCAGCUACUAGUGACUCAGCAAAAUCUAAGGGUUCUUGGGGUUCUGGAAAGGAUCAGUAUAGCAAGGAACUGCUUGUGUCCUCCCUUUUUGCAGCAGCUAGUCGCAAGCGGAAAAAAACAAAAGAGAAACCUCAACCUAGCAGCUCAGAAGAUGAGUUGGAUAAUGUGUUUUUCAAGAAGGAGCUUGCAGAACAAUCUCGUGGUGAUACAGCAAAAGAGGACACAACUAAAGGGGAGUAUGAAAAAGAGAGAGACACAGGGAGAAAACAGAGGAUGUUUGUCCUGAAGGAAAAAGAGAACAGCAGUAAAAAAGAUGUGAAUGUUGUAAAGGAUGAAAAGAAGCUGUUAAAGAAGGAAAAUAUCCUAUCAGAGGAACCUUCACUGCCUUACCAUGAAAAAAAUACAAAAUCGCCUAAUCUCAGCUGUCGGCCAACCAUGCAGAAGAAUAACUGUAAAAUGCCCAUUUCACAAUCUUCUUCCCAGGUUGAGGAGACAGUGUCCGACUCUGGCACUAUGCUUAGCACUUCCUCCCAGGCAUCCCAGCACAGAUAUUCAUGCAAAAAAGUAGCCAGCCCUGAAAUUAAACACAAUGAGUUUUUAGCAGCUGAUGUCAGUUCCAUCACCUCAGAUUAUUCAACUACUUCAUCUACUAUAUAUAUAACUGGCUUAGAUGCCAGUAUGCUGAGCCCUGAGGUGCAGUCAGUGACAGAAAGCAAGGGAGAAGAUGCUGAUGAUGAAAGAAGUGAAUUGAUCAGCGAAGGGCGUCCUGUGGAGACAGACAGUGAAAAUGAUUUCCCUGUCUUUGCCACAAGUUCUGCUGCUGAAAGGCUGUCUAAGGUGAAAGUUUCAGAAGUUGUAAAGACAAGUCGGAGGAACUCUGAAGAAAGUGAAGUAAGUUGUACUGAGGGAAGUUCAACACCAAAGUUAGAGAGCCGCAGACUUUUUAGCUCACACAAACUUAUUGAAUGUGAUACACUGUCUAGGAGAAAGUCUGCACGGCACAAAACGGACAGUGAGGGUUCAGGGGAUGCGAAGAGUGAGAAGGACUUGCCUACUGUGACCAAAAUGUUUGACAUAAUGAAAAAAGGAAGAUCAACAGGCAGUUUAGCUACAUCAGCCAGAAGUGAGACUGAUAAACAAGAACCUACCUGGAGACUUAAAAUUACAGAUAGGUUAAAGCUGCGACUCAAAUCAUCUGCGGAUGAUAUGUUUGGAGUUGGGAAUCAAAAAUCUAACUCAGCAGAGACUGCAAAGAGAAAAAAUAUCAGGCGAAGGCAUACGCUUGGAGGACAGAGGGAUUUCGCUGAAAUAAGUGUCCUGAAUGCUUGGAAAGCUCAAGAGCCAAGUCAAAGUAGAGAGAGAGAAUCUGAGCUUUCGGCUGUGAAUCGGUUGAAGCCAAAAUGUCCAGCCCAGGACCUCUCAAUCUCAGACUGGCUUGCACGAGAACGUUUACGCACUAGCACAACUGACCUUAAUACGGGUGAAACUGGAAAGCCCAGACUUGAGAACACUAGCUUAGCAGAUGUUUCAAAGGCAGAUCUGCCUUCAUCUGCAGAGAUGCAGGCAGAUGAAGGCAGUUCUUCCAGCAGCUUGACUUUGAUUAACAGAACACCACCGUCGGGACCAUUUCAGCCACCAGACCAGGUAAAUGGCGAAAGUUAUCAGAACAUGAACAAAAACAACUUUAGCCCAGCAGUUGAUGCCCAUCCUCAUAAACUGUCUGGGACCCAAGUGGUUAGAUCUCGAUUCUACCAGUAUCUUUGAAAGGGGGAGAUAUGUCCACUACAGCAAUUCAUUAACUUACUGUUACACUUCCCAGUAACUGUGUGUGUGUAUGUGUGUGUACAUAUACAUAUAUAUGAAUUGCAGGAAAUAGUCCAUGUAUGGAUAUUGAUUUUAUAUUUUAAGGAAAAGUAUAUUUGAUGGCUGCAUACAAAUGUUGAACAAAGCAUCUGAUGCAACAUGCUGUGUAGUGUAUACAUGGUUUUACGAUUGAGAGUUGGCCUGGCAUUAAUAUGCAGAAAAAUUGUUCUUUUGGUUUAGUCACUAACAAGUGCCUCAUCAUAAAUUCAUUUGGUUUGUUAGGGUGCCAUAUUGUUAAAUUAGAGAAACUUACUACAAACAAAUGAAUGCAUUUUACUGUUAACGAAUUUCAUUACAUUUUACAAAUGUUAACACAGGUGGCUACAGAGCUUCCAUUCCUUAGGCAUUCCAGUAAAUCUCGGAGUUUUAUAUUUCCAAUUUUAAUACAGAUUUUGAGUUUUACGUGACUUGAAUUUUUAAUCUUUCUGUAAAAUAAGUAACUUAAAUGUACAUAUUACAUGUGUAUCUUUUCUUCAGAUACCAGAUUUGAUAUAAAUGUUGUAACAUAGGCGUGUAGAUAGUGGAUACUGGAUGGAACUGGUUUCUUUUAUUGAGAAUAUAAUUCUGCAUGAAGACCUAAUGAAUCCAAACCUGUAUCAUGCCUGUGUGCAUACCCACUUAAACACUGGAAAUAAAAUUGUUUUGGUGAC